GGCGCCAUUUCAAAACAAAAAUAAUUGAGCGCGAACCUGAGGAACGACGAUCCGGUCUCUUUGUUUUUGUAAAGUUGUAUCUUUCUGACAUUCUUUUCUCGAUAAUCAUUGUGUUCAGGUUUGCAAGUGUCGCGUUUCUUCAUUCGCCAUGAAAAUAGACGCCAUGGAGUGUGCGGGUCGUCUGCUGUCGAAGCCAGCAGAUGAAUCAAUGGACGUUGUUGUGGAUCGUGUGGACAGCCAGUUCCAAGAUCUGUCUGCACGAUUCCGGCACGUCGGCAAGGACUUUUCCAAGCAAUACUUCCACUUUUACGCUCAGAGACUCCUGUCCAUGAAACCGUUGUUGUUGCCAAGAAUAAAUCAGAAAUGGGGCCACAAAAUACCAGUAAAGACUCUUGCUGACUUAAAGGAAGACUCAAGUGAAAAAUGCAUAAUCGUUGGCACCCUUUAUAAGCAUCAGGAACUGAAGCCGAGUAUUUUAAAGGAAGUGAGCGAAGAGUAUCAACUUAUUCCUCAGCCCAUACGCAGUGAAUUUACGGAUGAUGAUGAUCAGCUUAUCCUGGAAGACGAAUUGCAACGCAUUAAGCUGCUUGGUUCUUUGAGUGCGCACGAUGCCAUCACUGGCAUUGUUUGCGCAGUACUGGGUGCAGAGCAGGCUGGUGGCAAGUUUUGUGUAGAGGACUACUGCUUCCCAACACCUCCAGGCCCUUCAAAACCUCUUUCACCCCCUAAAGAUGACAGAUAUGUUGUGUUAGUCAGUGGACUGGACCUGGCGGGCAGUGCUGAUGUUCUCUUUCCUUUCGAAUUACUGGUUGAUUGGGUCAGUGGGUGGCUCGGUGAUGUAGGUGAACAGAAAAAUCAAGCUCUUGUAACCCGCAUUCUUUUUGCUGGUAACACCAUUAGGACCCAGUCUGCUAAUAAAGGAGCAGCACUGCCACAUGUUAGCGAAUCUUUAGACACAACUAGUACACUUGAUGCUGUCAAAAUUCUUGAUGAUUUUCUUGAACAGCUCACUAGCAGUAUUCCUGUUGAUAUUAUGCCUGGUGAGUUUGACCCUGCAAACUGCACUUUACCUCAACAACCCUUGCAUUGUUGUAUGUUCCCCAAGGCUGCCACUUAUAAAACCUUGCACAGUGCCCCCAACCCAUAUGAUUUUCAAGUGGAUGGCCGUCGAAUUAUUGGAACUUCUGGUCAACCAAUAGAUGAUAUAGCAAAAUUCACAAGAAUUUCAGAUCGCCUUACUAUUCUUGAACGGACCUUAGAAUGGGGUCAUCUAGCACCAUCUGCUCCUGAUACUUUGCGAUGCUACCCAUAUGCUAAUGAGGAUCCUUUCAUACUGCAAGAUCUUCCAGAUGUCUAUUUUGCUGGAAACCAACCAAGCUUCCAGACAAAGUUGUACAAAGGAGAUGAUGGUAAAGAAGUGCGUUUAAUAUGUAUCCCUAAGUUCAGCACCACAAAAUCAUGUGUUGUCUUGAACCUAAAAUCUCUAGAAUGCUACACCAUGUCUUUUGGUGAUGCUCUGCAGGAAGAUUCAGCUGAGGUGGAAAAGUAAUGCCUAGCAUUUUAAAAGUACCUUAAUAAAUUGCAUCCAUCAAAAAUGUUAUUUUUAAAUAAUAAAUAUUUCUUUUUAAAACAUGAA